UCUCCUGUUUCCGUCAGUUUGCCUGUCUGUCUGCCUUGCAGUGGAGUUUCACCUACCACUGUACAACAGCAUCAAAUAUACAUUCACACGAGCACACAAGGACACAUUUCUGUCGUCGUUGUUGGCACGCUUUUGCAAACAAUUACUGUGGAAAGAGCUGUAAAGUGACAAUCCGUAGUACUGCUGAGGUGCCAUUAUUUUCCAAAGGAUUUCAAAAACAAUCUGCGGAGGGUGCAACACCAAACCAUUGUCAAUGACAGAUCUCUGCAUCCCAAGAUGGACAAAAAAAGUGCCAAUGGCUUUCAGACAACGGCCAGUGAAAGUGGUGUUCAGAGAAAGCAACUUCCCUACUCAGUAGAAACUCCAUAUGGUUUCCACCUGGACUUGGAUUUUCUCAAAUAUGUUGAUGAUAUUGAAAAAGGCAAUACAAUCAAAAGAGUCCACAUCCAACGUCGGAUCAAGGGUCCUCCCAAAUUCAGUACUCUACCCAGAAAUUUCAGUCUUCCAGGGCAUGUGAUCCGUCCAGCUCCUAAAGAUAGUCUAUGGUCUGGAAUAUCCACUUUGGGACCAACACCUAAGUCACGGCUAACUGAGGUUCCACAGAUCUCUGAUUUGAGAGUAAAUGAAGGAGGAACAUCAUGUCAAGGAUCAGCUAUGCAGGGAACAAGUCUUGUUUCGGUUCGGCUUCGGGGUGAUGGAAUUUUUGGAGCUCAGGGUAUUGAAGAAAAAAUAACCAGCACACAAAAUCGCCCCAACUUGCUGAGAGCAUCAAGUAUGCCUAUCACAUUACAACAGCGGAAAGGUUCUGAUUCAAGUAGCCCAGACCGUAUUGUGGGAACACCAGAGAAUGGCUCAACUGAAAAUGUGUUUAGAGCAUCACCUGAUAUAACAGAAAGAAGAUGUGUUACUCAAGAACGAGUGGGGAUUCACCAGCAGAUCACAGUGGCUUUGAAGCGGGUCAGAGAGCUUGAAGAGCAGGUCAAAACAAUCCCUGAGCUUAAGGCUCAGAUCUGUUCACUAAGGUUGGAAAGGGAACAGCUGCUAUGUCAGCUUCAGGCCCAGGAAAAGGCCCAGACUUCCACAUUAUCAUCUAAAGUGGAUCCAUGUGCUUAUGUUAGGACACAAACUCAACCACAAGCAAGCAGAGAAGGGUUUAAUUUGUUUCUGACACCUCAACUUAAUGAGCAUUUGACAAGAAAGGCAGUAGCUGAGGAAAAGAAACAGGGUGGCCCAGAGGCAAUUAUUAUGCUUCAAAAAGAGCCUGUAAAUCAAGAACUGAUUAAGAGUAUGUGUCAACAAGAAUCUAACAUUGAAACACAGCUGCUAGAAAAAUGUGACCAACAGAAAGAAACUGUAGGGAGCCCACUUGAACAUGCAGGGCAGGAAGAUGAUAAUGCAACAAUAGGAGAUCAUUUUGGGGAUUCAAGGAGUGUACAGACUCUCCAUGAAAAGCUAGUAUUACUGGAAGCUAAACUUCUAAAGGCCAGUCAAGAGCUGGAGAGAACUAAUGAUCUUUUGAAAGAACAAAUAGUGGAAAAUCAAGUGAAAGAGGAGAAAAUAAUUCAGCUGAGUGAGGGAAUAAGAGUAGAGGUGUCUCCAUCAGAAACACACAACAGACAUAGAAGAGAGAGUAUAGACACAGGGACAGAGACUGAGAGAGUAGACUAUGCCAACCAGGAGACAGAAACAGAAUCACCUGGUACAGUAGAUCAAGGAACUGAUACCGAAAGAAUCUGUGUUGAAGUGUGCAUCCCUAUACCACGGUCUGGAUUGAUUGAUCAAGAAACGGAGACAACCAAGGUGGGCACUGAGGACAAAGUGACAGAAGUUGGAGCAGAAGGGUUUUUUGUCAGCAAACAACUACCCGUAGUCAACAGCAUGGAACAAGGUACAGUUACUGAAAGAGCAGCCACUAAGGAUCAGAUGACUGAAACAACUGCAGAUAAAUCAGAGGAAGUGAGAGACCACCCACAGAGGUCAAGGGCUAGCAGUGUGCAGCGGGAGACUGAGACAGAGAGGAUGCACACAGUGGACAGAGUGACUGAGACACAGAUAGCACAGAUGAAUGACCAGCAUACUGAGACUGAGGUAGAAAGAGUGCAAGACGACAAUCCAGUCAGAAAUGUUGAAACCGAGAGUCUUGAGACUGAAAAUAUAGGAAACCAAGGGAAUGAGGUUGAUAGUAAGGUCAGUGAAAGUAAAGAAACCAAGAAAAUAAACGGAGUUCAAAAAGAUAAUGACACUGUGGUCGUAGACAUUAUUACAGAUAUGUCUUUUUCAGUUCAAAGAAGUGGGAUCAAAACAGGAACUCUAGCUUCAGAUUUAGUCAACCCGACCGAAGAAAGUAGAAGUUCAAGAAUAGUGAGAGAAGAACAUGCAGCAUCUACACCAGAUGUGAGCCUUGUACAAAAGAACUUAGAAACAAAAGCAAUAUUACUCUUAGAGAAUGUUGAAACACAGCAGGUUUCACAGACCACAGGGGAGUCCUUGGAUACUGUCACAGUUGUGGUAGCAUCAGAGAGGGCCACAGUAAAGACAGGCGUUCCAGUAAGACCCGAGAGAGGCCGUAGGGCAUCAGCCGAUCAGUCACAAGCAACACCUCAACUUCAAGCUACUCCUGUGUGUCCUCCUAUUGGAUCUGGUGAAAUUCAAGGUCAGCAGUCAAAAACUGAGUCCCAAGCCUCUGCAGAACUAUCUAACCUACAGCUAAAACAUGAAUCCCCAUCUCAGUCUCAGUCUGGGGAGAAUACUUUCAUGAUACCGUGUGAAAAAGAGACUCAAUUGCAACCUCAAACUGAGAUUCAAAGCUCAUCAUCAAGCACCAAUCAAGUCCAAACUCGACCAAAAUCUAUACAAACCCCAUCUAAAACUACAACUCGACAACAUUCAAAGGAACUCAAAGCACUAACUAGAGUAUCUAACAUAUCCCAACCUUUAAGACGCAGAUCUGGAGAUGGCCACACACACCCAAGACGCCAGACAUCAAGUGAAAUCCAAUCUCAGUCACGAAGGUUGUCUGAUGAGAGUCAACCCCUUAAGAAAGAACCUGAAUUACAGACAUUAUACAGAGCUGUCAGUGAAACAGCUCACCAUCAGAGUUCUGGUGAACCUAUGACCUCACAUCAUGAUAUUGAUGAGGCGCAACAGGUACGCAGAGGCUCAAGUGAGUCACCAACCUCACCUGUGGCUUUAGGUCAAGUUGUAACUCGGAUCACAGGGCUUCUGGGGGAGCACUGGGCUCAGUUGGGGAGCAGCUCUGGAGUGCAACCCUUGGUCAGCCAGCAACAGAACCCUAGCACACAAAAACAGACGCCAGGGAAAGGCACCGAGGCAAGAAAGUCAGCCUCACCCAAGGCUGCAGGAAAAGCAGCAACUGCAGGGAAACCAGCAGGGAAACCUGGACCCUCCAAAAUGAGCUCUAUUCAGAGUCAGUUGGUCAGUUCCCUUAGUGUUCUUUCUGCCUUUUACUCACAAGGCCAGAAGGCUCCUCCUAACAAACAGCAAGAACAAGGUCUCAAAUCUAUUAUGAAGAAAAAUGGGGUUCCUGACAAGCAGGGGAAUAAGGGAACCAAGAAAAACUUGAAGUUUGUCGGGGUGAAUGGAGGGUAUGAGAGUACAUCGAGUGACGACUCCAGUGGAGAUGGGGAAGCAAAAGUGGACAUUGAAGGAGAGGGGGGCACCUCACAGGCAGAUGAAGAAAAAGACAAGGAGCCUACAUCAGCACAAAAGCCUGAGGAGGGAGCAGAUGCACAUGCGAAAGAUGCCGAAAUCUUGCACAGUGAAGAGGGUGCAGUGGCUGCAGAGAAAGAGAGCAGUAAAGAUUUGCUGGAUUCAGAGGGUAGCCUGGAGCUCCUGGGGGAGGAGGCUGAAGGUGAAAAUGUUGACAAGAGCUUUAUUGAUGCCUGCCUCUAUGUUAAGGAUCGCAUGGAGGAGGUUACCUCUCCAGAUAAAGAAAUGCGGCAAGUUUUAGUAGUCCUCUACCAAGAAUGGUUCAAAGUUUCCAGUCAGAAAACUUCGCAAGCUGACACAGUCCGAUCAUACCUUCGCCAAGUGGGCUUGACCACACCGACUCUCCUGCCAUACGUAGUCAACCUGACAGACGGAAACGGUAACAUGGCUCUCCACUACAGCGUAUCACAUUCAAACUUCCCUGUGGUCAAGCUGCUGCUUGAUACUGGACUUUGUGAAACAGACAAUGUGAACAAGGCAGGCUACACUCCAGUCAUGCUGGCUGCACUAACAGCAGCUGAGAGUCCCGAUGACUUGGAGGUCGGGCAACAGCUGCUGAGACUUGGUGAUGUUAAUGCACGCUCCAGGCAGAUGGGUCAGACAGCGUUGAUGCUCGCCGUAAGCCACGGGCGCCUUGCCAUGGUGAAGCUGCUGCUGAGUUGUGGCGCCGAUGUAAAUGCUCAGGAUUACGAGGGCUCCACGGCCUUGAUGUGCGCCAGCGAGCACGGCCAUACUCAUGUUGCCCGCCUACUGCUGGAGACGGGUAGCUGUGACACCAGCCUCACAGAUAAGAACGGACAGACUGCUCAGGAGGUGGCAGAAGGAUCUUCCCACCAGGAUGUUGCUGGCCUCAUCAUGGCCCUUGGCAAGGCUGACAGAGGCCAAUGAGCCAAAGCCGCAUCUCCUUCAAACCGGCUAAUGCUGAGCAAAGAUGCUCCCAUUCUGCAUUUGGGCCGUUUACCUUGAAGUUGUGGAGGCCCCCCAAACAAACUUCCCAGUCUACAAUUCACACUUGUAUUUCCUUCUGCAUCUCAGCCAACAUGACCUUUUCAUAGAUAUGCUGCAUCAACCACCCAGUGAACACCAGGAUGGUCGCCUUGAUUAAAUAGCUCACAUGACAUCCUGGAGAAUAAAAUGAAAGUACGGAGAGAGAGACAUGGAAAUCAAAAGAUAACUGCUGCCUCUUUCUAAAACUCGUCAAGCAUUAUACUAAGCACAGGAUUUAGAUCCAGUAUGAAAAAUAUUCACCGUGAAGUUGAGAAUUUUUUUUUUCUCUCCAUUGACUUUAUUUCAAAGGUGGAGGUAAGCCAGAGCAUAUAUGUCACAAUAUUGCAUCAGAAUAUAAGUAUAUACAAACACGGAAUCUGUAUUUUCUACUGGGUUCCUAUUUUUAUUUUUAAAUAUCUCUUUGUAAAUAUGAAGAUCAAUGUCCAGGCCUUCAUAUAUAUAUAUAUAUAUAUAUAUAUAUAUAUAUAUAUAUAUUAUAUAUAUAUAUAAUUGUUUCGCACCUACCAACUGAUAUUUGAAAUCAUUCAGUGUCUUAUUUUAUAAUAAUAAUCUCAUGUUAUUUGCGUGCCAGCGUGUGUGUGUGCGUGAAUUUUAGAGGAAACACUGAUGCUCCUGUCUGCGAUAAAACCAUUUGUAUCAUAUAGAAUGAAACAAUAAAAUAAUUUUAUAACACACACACACAUAUAUAUAUAUAUAUAUAUAAAACUAACUUAAAAAAUAUUUCUUUUUUUUUGCAAAGAAGAUUGUAUUGUGCAGAAGUUUCUGCAUGUCAUAAAGUUUGUUUGAUUUGUUGGCUAUGAACAACUGAACAACAGUAUGUUGUAAUACUGUCCGACACCCCCACCCCACUACCCCCUCCUCAGUGCGAAUCUUAUUAAUUUUCUUCUUCGACUACUUGUUUUUCAUAUGCAGAAAAUUGCACAAUGAAUGUCUGACAAGCUAAUGCAUUCCUAAAUAUUGAUACCAAUAAUAAUAAGCAAAUGUAGCAAUCAUAACUAGUCAAUAAAUAUGGGAGGCAAAGGCAAAAUAAAAAUUUAUGAAUUACUUUUUCAUUUGUCCUCGCAAAACCUGAUUGUAUCUACACAUAAUCAAGUUUUGCAAGGACUAUAUAUACAUACGGAUAUAAGUAGGCACACAAAUAAGACUUAACUCUGAUGUAAUAAGGACUGUUAAAAAUAGGUAAUUAUGGAUGAAAUUGAAGAUGAAUGAAUCUUGAAUUUUUACUGUAUAGUGCUAAGAUGUUUCUCAGCGCUCAUGGUCAUUUAAAAAAAAGACGGUAUUCCUUGAAUUUGUCAGAGCAAGACUGACCCUGAUUUGUAGUAUAUUACAGCAGUGACAAACGAAAUUGUGUUUUCAUACACUAUAAUGCAAUUUUGACGCAAAUAUUUCACGUCUUUUGCCCAUAUGAUGAUGAUGCCUAUCAUUCAGUGCUUUGUAAAAUUUGUGAUUAAAUAAUAGCAUCUGUAGACUUAAAGUUAUUCAAGUACAUCAAGUGUGUUAACAAUAUUAAACACAUACUGUGAAUACCUAAAAGAUUUUAUCAAGUCAUCAAUCAGACGAAGUUUAUUUGCACAUCAUGUGAAACUUGUACUUCCCGUUCGACAGGAUAUUAUCACAUUUGUGAUUACAUUUCCGUACUACUUUCCGUAUCGAUGCACAAAUGUGCCAACCUGUCGCCUCUGAUUAGUAUGCUUACAUUUGUUGUGUGAGUACAUUUUGUAUCUGAUCCUUUGUGCAAUUGGUCUAUAUGAGAAACUGAUCAAUGUUUAAUCCAGCGUGACGUUGAUGCUACAAUAACAAGGUUUAGCUGCCAAAGACUUGAAAUUUAAUCUGUUUCACAUGGGGUUAAAUAUGUAUUUUAUUUGUUCUUGUUAUGCCAGCCAAACACAUGUACAGUAUAUACAGUAUUGUGAAAAUGACAUAACCUCUACUAUCAAUCAAUAUGCUCCACAAAUAAUAUUAAAUAUUUAUUUCAUAUGAUAUAUUUUUAACAAUUACAUUCUAUAUAUAUUAGUAUAUCUAUGUAUGUAUGCAUGGACAGAUAUUCGAGUGAUUAAACUUUCACAGUGAUCAGUGGAUAAUAAUUUUUUGAGUAAUGGCUGGUGUAUUAUUGAUGACUUUUUAAUGUGCCCUUCCACGUUACCAAUGACACAAUAUAUCUAUAAUAAAAAAAACUAAGUGAACAUACAGUAUAAUGAAAAAAUAUGAAAAUGACAGUAUAACAUAAGCUAUAUCUUUAUGUAAUAUCUCAAUGAGCUCUUAUGUUGGAAACCA